GUCUACUUUGACAUCACCCACGGCGGCAAGGAUGUGGGCCGGAUCACGAUGGGCCUUUACGGAGACGUGGUGCCCAAGACGGUCGACAACUUUAGGAAGCUCGCUACUGGCGAGAUGGGCUUCGGCUACCAGGGUAGCUCGUUCCACCGUGUCAUUGAGGACUUCAUGAUUCAAGGUGGUGAUUUCACCUCUGGCGAUGGCCGAGGCGGAAAGUCGAUUUAUGGCGAGCGGUUCCCCGACGAGAACUUCUCGCUCAAGCACGAGGGCCCCGGCACAUUGUCGAUGGCCAAUGCUGGCAAGGACACCAACGGAAGCCAAUUCUUCAUCUGCACCGUCAAGACUUCCUGGCUCGAUGGCAGGCACGUCGUCUUUGGAAAGGUAGUCGACGGAAUGGACGUGGUCCGCUACAUCGAGAAGGUGCCCAAGGGCUACGGGGACCGGCCCGUCGAGGCAGCAACGAUCAAGGCCAGUGGCGAGCUCCCAGUCGCCGAACAUGUGAGGGAUGAGCUUUGA